CAUUCCUUGCGGAGGAAACUUUCUUUACUAUAUAUUUCCUUAAAAUUUAUAAAUAUGCAAAACGAUACAGGGGAAUUUGUAGAUCUAUAUAUUCCUCGAAAAUGCUCUGCAACAAACAAUAUUUUAUCUGCUACAGAUCAUGCUUCAAUUCAGUUGGCUAUAGCUGAUAUUGGCGAAGAUGGUGUAGCACUCUCAUCAUCUAAAAUAUAUGCCAUAUGCGGAAAUAUUCGUAGAAUAGGAGAGUCAGAUGAUUGCAUUAAUAGGUUAACAAAAGAAGAUGGAAUUUUAGCAAAGAAUUUUUAGAAAUUAUAAUCUAUGACUAUGAUUUAGAAAGAAUAAUAAAAAGAUAUGAUCUAUACUAUUUUAAUCUAUGUAAUAAAUAAAAUUAUAUAUUUAUAGUUAAAUAAUAUCACUUUAUAAGUUCACUCUUUUACAUCUUAAUUUUUAAACAUGUUAAAUUUGAUCUUUAAAACCUGAGUAAUAUUUCUAUAUAUAUA